GCUGUCGUCACACGGAAGCAAGCAACCUCGUACCCCAUCCCGAUAGCCCGAGCCACAAACACGUUCCUCAGCUAGUACCAGAGCUCGGCCAGCUUCGCCCAACAUCGGCCACCGAAGAACAAGCAAAGCAAUAGAUCAAAAGGCGAACAAGCAAAGAAAGAACCCGAAAUGGGCCUCUCGUACAACGUCUACCUCAGCUCUUCGCGCAUCUACAUGUGCAAGUCAUGCAAAACGCAUCUCUCAAAUCAUGAGGACAUCAUCAGCCGGAAUUUCAGAGGUCAACAUGGAAAGGCGUAUCUCUUUUCGAACGUGGUCAACGUGGUCGAAGACUCGCCCGACGAACGGACAAUGACGACGGGCCGCCAUGUGGUGCGCGACAUCAGCUGUCGACAGUGCGAUACCAUCGUCGGCUGGAAAUACGACAAGGCCUAUGAGCCGCAGGAGCAGUACAAGGAGAACAAGUUCAUCCUUGAGGCGGAACUGCUGGUCCAGUUUAAAAAGGAUCAGUAAAGAGCGCAAUAGCUUGCGCGUUACGUUCUGCCGGAGACCUCUAGACACGAUACGAUGCGACUCGGCAGUCAAAUACUGUUCCUAUGAUUCCCUAGCUCCUACGACUUUGCUGAGACAACUUUUGCUUGUCACUGCACUUUAUUCGUGAUUUGUUGCGUGUUUGCCCGGAGGUGGAGGGGGGGGGAGGGAAGGAGGGAGGGGGUGU